UGAUGACUAACCCGAGCGGCAAUCAACAGCCUUGUGUUGGUUGUACCAUUCUACAGAUUAGAACGUUAUUCCAUCAGCCAUUAUUCAUUCCUACGUUGACAGGAAUUUGGGAUAGGUUUGCACAACACAUAGAUUUAAGACAGUGGAGUUAAACUGAGUUCCCAGUCAUGUUGGUGUGUGGCCUUAAAUAAACGUGCUUACACUGCUGCUAAGGAGGCUAUCUGCAGUCGUCCCAUCUCCCAUAAAGGUGUGGCGCUCAUAUACCGGGAACAUGCUGCCAACCCACUCAGUCCAGCGUGGAGCAUCGUCCUCAUCACCAGACUUAUAUUAAGGUCCUUCUUCAACGUCAAACCUCUGUCUCUUCCUGACUUACCUCUGGAACAGGUAAACAGGAAGGUACAUCCACUAUUAUGAAGCUGACCAGACGCUACAGCUUAUUAGAGUACAUUCCCAGAAAGGUUCAACGAGUUCUGCUGUUUGUGUUCUUCCUUACCAUGUUCAUCACCACCAUCAGUUUCCAGGCGUGGGAGGCUGUGUCUGUGGAAGCUGAGGAGAGGCUCCUCAGACGUGUCUACGAACCCUCUAUUCUCAACAGUUCCCAGACGUCUGCAAGCGAGUUGUACUUGGAUCCAGCGAUGAACAUGACUGGGAAAGAAGAGAUGGAGGAGGUCCUGGACACACUGCCUAACCUGCCCUUCAGCUACCGUGAAAGGAAUGACCCUCACUUUGGAUCAGACAACACUAAUUGUAGUAAAUACCCUGAACUAUUUGAUAUUCACUUUAACAGUAUUUACUGGCAGGUCCUUCAGACCAGCAAUGGCAGCUUUUACAUGUACAGCGCCUUUUACGACAACCGCACUCUGAGUAAACACUCACCUUCUCUUAGAAUUCUUGCCAUGAUUAAUCGCAUUGAACCAUCCGUGAAGACCAAAUGCAAGAUCUGGUUUAAUGACAAAAUCUCCCCAGUCAUUGUAAAUGUUUCAGAGUACAGAUAUAUAUGGUACAAGGAAUGGGGUAAUUACAACCAGGGUAUAUUACAGCCAUACCUGCUUGAGUGUAUUGUACCAGCUGAACACAGACAGCUGGUGCCUCAGUCAGUGUCGCUGGUGGAGCAGCCCUGCGACAAGCCAACCAACAACCUUCGGGUCAUUAACAACCAACCGCAAAAUGGGCAGAAAAAGAAUUUUGCUGUGUGCGUCAAAGGGCUAGACUUUUACAUAGAUAAAACCGUGCGUAUUGUGGAGUGGUUAGAACUGCUCUUCCUUCUCGGUGCUGACAAAGUGUUCCUCUACAACAUGGGACUACAACCUAGUAUUAACAAAGUUCUUAAAUACUAUGAACGUUUAGGACUGGUAGAUAUUAAGAAACUUUCAUUGCCCGGUGAACAACCAAAUGAGCGCAACUUGCUACAUAAGUACCUGAAAAAUAAGGGAUUACACAAACGCCAGAACGAAGUAAUACCAUAUAAUGACUGUUUAUACAGAAACAUGAACCUUUACAAGUAUAUAGUUGUAUUAGACACAGAUGAAGUCAUCGUGCCCAAGACAGUAGGAGACUGGAGGUCGCUUCUUGAUCAAGUGGCCGCAGGAGAGAAGAAGGCACGAAACCUCACUCAGGUAUCUUACUGCGCUCGCAAUGUGUACUUUCUGGAUCCCAUGCAGGAUUCUCAUGGCUACUUCCAUGACAUACCGCCCUACAUGCACCUGAUGCAACAUGUCUACCGCGCCGCCAACUACACCAAGCCCGGCUACUACGUCAAGUGUUUCCAUGAUCCUCAGCGCGUCCUCACUCUCCACAACCACUACCCUUUAUCCUGCCUCGACGUCUGCAACACCUUCGAUCUGCCCACCAGUUACGCCCAUCUCCAGCACUACCGCAAACACUGUGUUGAUGACUUGGGUAAGAGUUGCACUUCAUUCUUGAAUCACACAGUUCUCGACAAAACAAUCUGGAGAUAUAAGGAACCUGUAAUCAAGAACGUACUCUAUGCUUUGCGUCAUCUCGGUUUCUCGAAAUAGUGUGAGACGUCCCUGAAAGCUGUGACGAAUCUCGGCGCUAUGAUCCAGGUUCAGAGUUAAAUCAGUUAACCCUCCUAUUAAUAAUGUUUCCCAUCUUCUAGUCUGCUGUUCUGGGAGGUGAUGAGGUACCGGUAACUGAUGGCAGACGGGACAGAGUGAAGCA